GAUGUGAGCGGCGCGUGGUCGCGAGGCCCUCAGCGAGCGGCCCCGGGGGGGUGCGAGGAGCUGCAGCGGGCCAAGGAGCGGCUGGAGGAAGAGAAGGGGAGGUUGGAGAGGGAGAAAGAGGAGCUGGGCCGGCGACUGGAGAGCAGCGCCCAGGAGAUCGCUCGGCUCAGGGCUGCCCGCUGCCCCUCCGGCACAGGUGGGGUGCCCGGCCGCGAUGCACUGCGCUCUGCCAGCAAAGCCUCCAGGUGGGAGCCGGAGCCCCUCAGCUACCAGGAGCUGAAGUCGGAGAGGACGGAGCUCCCUGCAUCUCGGCUGCUGGAGGAGACGGCGCUCGGCCGCCCGCGAGCCGAGGACUCGGGCUGUGGCGAGCUGGCGUGGGUGGGGGAGCCGGUGGUGCUGGGCCGGGCCGACACCAUCGCCGGCAAAUACGGUGUGUGGAUGAAGGACCCCGAGCCCGUGGCACCCUUCACGCGGGAGACCACGUGGCGCGUGGAUACGGUGGGCACGGAGGUGCGCCAGCUCUUCCAGUACGAGGCGGCCGAGCAGCUGGCCCGCGGCUACCCCGCCAAGGUGCACGUCCUGCCACGGCCCCUGGAGAGCACCGGGGCUGUCGUCUAUCGUGGCGGGCUCUUCUUCCAGCCGCGCCGCUCCCGCGCGCUGGCCCGCUACGACCUGCGGGCUGAGGCCAUCUCUGCCGAGCGGGAGCUGCCCGGUGCCGGCUACCAUGGGCAGUACCCCUACUCGUGGGGCGGCUACACUGACAUCGACCUGGCGGUGGAUGAGACGGGGCUGUGGGUGGUGUACAGCACCGAGAAGGCCAAGGGAGCCAUCGUCCUCUCCAAGCUGGACCCUGAGACGCUGGAGAUCCGGCGCACCUGGGAGACCAACAUCCGUAAGCAGUCGGUGGCCAACUCCUUCAUCAUCUGCGGGACUCUGUACACUGUCAGCAGCUACUCCGCGCCCAAUGCCACCGUCAACUUUGCCUACGACACGACCACCGGCACCAGCCGCAGCCUGAGCAUCCCCUUCGAGAACCGAUUCCAGUACCUCAGCAUGGUGGACUACAACCCAGCGGAGCGGCGGCUCUUCGCCUGGGAUAGCUACAACAUGGUGGCCUACCCUGUGCGCCUCGCCCACGCCUGAGCGCUGCCUGGACCCCGGCCUCCUGCUGAUGCCUCCUGCGAAGAAAUCCCUUUGUGCUCCAUGAAACAAAGUGCUUCUCCAGGGCUGAGCUGUGCCAGUGGAUGCAUCCCUGUCUGGCCCUUGUGGGUCUGAGUGGGUGCUGGUGGUUCCCAGCCCUGCUCCAGCAUCCUCCCAGCCCAGAGAUGGGAGCGGGCAGGGCUCAGAUGGGCAGGCUGCUGGCUGCCUUCCUGCUGGGACAGAGUGGGACUGGUGAGGGGGCAGCUUCAGCCAUGCUGGCCCUCCAUCGCCCAGGAGUCCCUGCACUGCCCCUAUCCCAUCUGGCUUCGUCUCACCUCACCUCACCAGCAGCUCUCCCAUGCUGCUUUCAGAGCCCACAGUUAUCACUAUUUAUUGUAGAAAGGCUGUAGGAGGCUUGCUACUCCCUCAGCUUGGGGGGAUGCCCCAAUAAACGCUGCAGUAUUAAAUCAGAACAAACGUCUGAGUUUCAACUAACCAAGCUGGAGAUUUGCUUAAUAAAAGUAUUACUACAAGGUGCAUGGGGCAAGUCUGGGGGACUGGUGGGAAGCAGGUUUGGGGGACGGAGUGUGCCAUGUCCUGUCCAUUCUGAGCAGUGCUGGUCAUCUGCUGCCAUCCCCAGGGUGGGGGACAAGGGCACGGUCCCAUUCUAGAAUGGCAGUGGACAAGGGGAUGCCACAGGCACCAAGGCAACGUGAGUCCUACAACCAGGCAGCACACACGUCCUGCAAUGCUGGCCUGCAGUGGGGCUGGGGCAUAGCAGAACAGUGCAGGCAAAGUUAUUCCCCUAGCAGCGAUGUGCCUACGUCAUCACCAUGGUGAAGCCUGGCAGUAACACAGAGCCCCGUGACCCGCGGCGAGCCUCUGUCGCGUUGAGAUGCCUCAGCUCCCUCUGCAUGGUGUCCAAGCCCGGGAAGGCCGUAUCCUGCAGCUCCUGCCACCUCUGUGCCACCCCGGGGCUGUCAGCCACUUCACUGCAGGACUAUGGCGAGGUGGACCGGCAGCACAUCCCCCCGCUCUCUGUCAGCCACGCCAUCUUCUCCAGGGAUGAGGAGCUGGAGCUUCAGGAGGAGCCGGAAGCCUCCAUUGCCCCCUUCAUGGAGCCCGAGUGCUUUGAGGCCUGCAACACCUGCGUGCUGUGGAGCACCCAGCUCCAUACGCAGACCUGCAUCAAGGAGCAGCCCACCGCUGCCCUGAGGGAAGCCGAGCCCAGGGCUGAGGCCUUCCCGCGGCUCCCAGCAGCGCAGUACAACAACUCCGCCAUCGACCGCAGCCCCAUGCCUGCCCUGCACACCUGCUGGGCGCUGUAUGAGGGCCGAGAGCUGGGCCGGCAGAGUGAGGGGACGCAGCAUUGGCACAGCUGCCAGCAAUAAACUUCAGUCCAUCACAGCA